AUGGUGAACAUAGUUACAAAUCAAACUGAUCCCAACAACCUGGAAUGGCUGAAACAUAAAAUAAAGUCAAUAUGGGCUUCACCAAAGUUCUGCGGCCUGUGUUUGGAGAAUACCGGCAACUUCUGUUCUGUAGAAAUGGAGCUGGUUAUAAACAAGCAGAACUUUUCCAGAUGUCUUCAGGAUAUCAUAAACUAUGUUUUUAAUGAUGAUAUUGAAAAUUUUAUGUCAAGCCAUUAUUUAUGUGACACUUGCACAGAAAAAAUUAUUCAAUGCUACCUCUUCAUACACAACACAAAACAACUCUCAAGAAUAAUAAACAACUGCGUCACAGAUUUAUACUCUAAGGUCAUUGAUGUCAAUGACCAAAUAGGCAACUCCAGCAGUUUAGCUGACUACGAGAAUGCAAAUGUCAUGAUUGUUCUAGAAACUGACACAGAAUUAUGCAAAACUAUUAUGGACACAAAGAUGACAGAGAUCGUCCCAACUGCUACCCAUAUAGCCAUGAAGAUAGAAGAACCCAAGUGCCCUGCUAUUGAAAAAGUUGAAUCAUCCCAAACUGAACCAAUUCCAAAAGAACCUAUCACAAAAAUAUCAACCCCCAAACCUUUAAAAUCUGAUGAUACUCCAAAUAUUACCUUAAAAGAAGGUCAUAUUAUUAUAAAACCGUUAAACUCGGCAAGGAAUUUAACUCCACGGUUUAAUACAUAUGAAUGUGCCAGUUGCCCAGAAAUCUUUACCACUUAUAGGUCUUUGAAGGAACAUGAGAAGGCUAAACAUAAGAAAUCUGUCUUCCAUUGCAACUUGUGUAAUAAAUCUUAUAAUACACGGCAAUAUUUGAAUAUACAUUACAAAACACAUUCAAAAGCCAAGUGUAAGUUUUGCCAAGUAAUUUUACCUGAAGGCGAACUCAUGCAACACUUGAGAGCAAACCAUGCAUAUUUGGUAUUUCCUUGUAAAUUCUGUGAAUUGGUGUACUACAGCCAGGACUCUUUGAUAACGCAUUUCAAUUUGAGCCAUUUAGUAAACAAUAAUAAAACAAAAUCGCAGUGUAUCAUGUGCUUAAAGAAUUUCAAAGACGGUGAAAUCAAGAAACAUAAAUGCAAGUUUGCUUGCUCCGAGUGCUUUGUGAUGCCUUGCGUUCAUUAUAAGUAUUUAAUGUCGUAUAGAGAACAAACACUGAAUCACGCUAACAAAAUAAAAUGCAUAGAUUGUGAUUACGUCACUAGAAGAAAGGAACAUUUAAUAGGUCAUGUGAACAGAGAACAUUUAGAUCAUCAUCCAUUCACUUGCGCUGAUUGUGGUCAACAGUUCUACACCAAGUUAAGUUUAAAAACUCAUAUAGUACAAUUCCAUCAAGAAUUUAGUUGUGAGUACUGCGAUUUUGAAUUCAAAGACAAACACAGUUUGGAAAAUCACAAAAAAGCAUGCAAGUCUGUUAUAAGAGCUUUCAGCUGCAUUCAUUGCGUAGCAUCGUUUGAUGUUGAAGAAGAAUUAACUACCCACGAGAAUUUGAGACAUAACGAAAGUGUUUAUGCUUGCAAUCUUUGCAAGAGUAAGUUCCUAACCGAUCUGGAACUAGAAGAACACCAUGCAAGAGUCCACGGAGGUAUCCAGUGCAAGAAAAGAAGAAAGCGUAUUGAAUGUUCGUUGUGUAACUUGUUAUUUAAAAAUAUCAAAGAGUUAUUACAACAUGAGAAACUUCAUGACCAGAAUGAGGUAUACCCAUGCAAAGAGUGUCCUAAACAGUUUAAAAGUCUAAUGAAACUGUACAUUCAUAGUCAAAGGCAUUACACAAAUAGAAUUAAAUGUCUCCGUUGUAAUAAGAAAGUGGCUGCCUCGUUCUACUCACAACAUGCUGUCCGGUGUCCGUAUAAAAGAGAGGGUGCAUUAAAACAUGUUUGUGAAGUUUGUGGAAAGGCAUUCCAUCUGGAAUCUCUCUUACGGUUCCACCAAAAGAUUCAUCUCGACCCGGAGCCCUGUCCUCAAUGUGACAAAAUCAUCAAGCCUUCAAGUUUAAAAAGACAUAUGGAGCAGGUUCACGGUGAUUCAUCAGAUAAACAGAAAGGCAAAAUAGUAGCAAAGCUGCCUAUGAUUGAAUGUCAGAUAUGUGGCCAUAUUGUUAGAAAAAAGCAUGAUUUAGAAGCACAUAUGAACAGAUAUCAUUUAAAAAUUAAACCAUAUGUUUGUCAGAUAUGUAACAAAGAUUUUUGUGGGAAAAUUCGCUUAAAAGAACAUGUAGCAACUCACACCAAUGAUAAUAAUUGCUUCUGCUCCAUUUGUUUCAAGAAAUUUGCAAAUCGAGUGUGUCUAAAAAUGCAUUUCAGGAUGCAUACGGGCGAGCUGCCAUAUUCUUGUGACAUAUGCGGACAGAAAUUCAGGUCUUCCAGUAUGAUGAAGACACACCGGUUAAAGAAACAUUUAGAUAAAACCAUAUGCUGUCCGUUAUGUGAUAGUAUGUUUUACAUGGUACGGGAUAUGAGGCAUCACUUCAAAAAAGUCCAUUGGAAGUUUAAGGAUAGACCGUUCAAUGUCAGAGACGUUGAGGAACUCGGAGAACAGUAUUAUCAUUUGUUUGAAGACGGGAGGGUACCAAAACUAGACUCCUGA